AGGUACCCAUGCGGGCUUGGGUGUACCAAUCUCUACUUCAUUUGUGGGGUGUACCAAUCUCUACAUCAUUUGUCCAAAAAUCCAUCUAAAAUCACUCACCUGCAAAUAUAUCCAGAGCUCCACCAAUAAUGGCGACAAUCUCGACAUCUUUUGUAUCCCCUAAUUUCAUUCCGAAUCACAAAAAGCACUUCAAGGCUCAUUUCUCGAGAAUCCGCUCUCCAACUCUGAAAUCUGACGCCGUUCCUCUCGCGCUCAUCACGCCGCCGCCAGUCCCGCAGCACGGACAUGUUUUACUGCUUAGAGGGCGUGUCAAUUCCGUCGCCGGAGAAACUUCAGCUCCGGCGCAGGACACAACUUCCGAGGCCGCCAGGCGGCUCUACGUUGGCAACAUUCCCCGGAAAUUUGUGGAAGAACAUGGCGCUGUAGAGAAGGCCGAGGUUAUGUAUGAUAAGUAUUCGGGAAGGAGCCGCCGGUUUGGAUUUGUUACAAUGAAGACAACAGAGGAUGCAAAUGCCGCCAUUGAGAAGCUCGAUGGAACUGAACUCAGCGGGCGCAAAAUAAAAGUUAAUAUAACCGAAAGCCCACUGCAAAGUGUAGAUCCGUCACUUCUACAAGCAGAGGAUUCACAAUUCAUUGAUAGUCCACACAAAGUAUAUGUUGGCAAUCUUGCAAAGACAGUAACUACCGAGACACUGAAGAAGUUUUUCAAGGGGGCGGUUGUAAGUGCUAAGGUGUGUCGAGUUCCAGGGACUUCGAAAUCCAGCGGGUUUGGGUUCGUCACUUUUUCUUCAAAAGAGGAUGUGGAAUCUGCUAUCUCAUCAUUCAAUAACACGUUGCUUGAAGGGCAGAAGGUUCGCGUGAACAGAGCAUGAUAUACAACUCCGCAUGGGCGAGAGUGGCAUCAAAAGUGUGCUUCGGGGAUUUAACGGUUCCCGUGGAUGUAUUCAACCAUUGCUGAACAGUCACUCAUGCACCAAACCUGCUAAGCAUUGGCUGAGUGUGCCUUGAUGAUGGCGCUUUUGAUGGCAUUCUCCUCCCCAAGCACGACAUCUGCAACCAAAAAGGCUUCGCAGAUAUACUCAGGGUUGGGGGGUUGGUGCUGGCAAGAGAAGGAAAUAAGAUUGCCCUUAUCCCCCCUGUGCGUGCAGACAUAUUAAAAGCAUAAUCACUUUGGAUUACCAACCAGCCCUCCUCGGUUGGUCUAACACGCUUAUGAUUACCCUUGUUCUCGUCCUUGUCGCGGGUAUUUUAUUUUCUUUCCAAGGAAGGGGGACCCCCUCAUCCACAGCGACGUCUCUCUUCCGCAAAGUAUCGAGCAAAUAUUUUCGAUACUUCGCAGGGCAUCUUAGGUAGUCCUGCACGAAAGAAUCCUAAAGUAUCAUGUGCAAGGGAGGCCCUUUGUACCUAGAGUAUCCUUCCCAGAGGAGCGGCUUGAUGACAUCUCUAAGGUAUCAGGUACAUACUUAGAAAAAAUCAAUAAACUCUUUAGCAUCUC